AUUUCGACCAGGAUCGUGGCUAGAUCCUGCUUUGGGCUACGGCCAGCCAUUAGAACGCAAUCGCACCUUCGGAUUGAGACACUAGGGAAAUGGCAGCACAUACGCCUGCAUUCAGAUAUGUCUAACGGUGCAAGCAAGCCAGAGGAUUUCAAGAACAAAACAGAACUCAAUAAACCGUCUAAUGAGGUCACAACUAAGCAACAGCGACAAAUGGAUUGGAAUAUAAUCAAACUGCUUAUUAAGAACGUCUGGCCUAAAGGAGACAACAAGACGAAGUUCAGAGUUAGUAUAGCACUCGCACUUCUAGUCUCUGGUAAAGUUCUGAAUGUCCAAGUGCCAUUCUUCUUCAAAAGUAUAGUGGAUAGUUUGAACAUACCGGUAGAUCCGAGCAUGACAGUAUGGACUGUUGCUGGUGCAGCUAUCACUGGCUAUGGUUUAGCUAGGAUUGGUUCAACAACUUUCGGUGAACUUCGUAAUGCGAUAUUCGCAAAUGUAGCACAAAGGGCUAUACGUAGAGUAUCUGGUAAUGUAUUUAGACAUCUCCUCAAUCUGGAUCUUGGCUUCCAUCUCAGUAGACAGACUGGUGGGUUGACGAGAGCGAUCGAUAGAGGUACAAAGGGUAUUUCAUUCUUGCUCACGUCUAUUGUUUUUCAUAUCGUUCCUACCGCUCUGGAGAUUUCGUUCGUUUGUGGUAUUCUUUCUUAUAAAUUUGGACCGAGCUUCGCUGGAAUUACUCUAGCAACUAUGCUCGCAUACAGUUGGUUCACUAUUCGGACGACCUCCUGGCGUACCCGCUUCCGCAAAGAAGCAAAUGCAGCUGAUAAUGCUGGUGCAACCGUCGCUAUUGACUCUCUACUCAAUUAUGAGGCUGUCAAGCAUUUCAACAACGAAGCUUACCAAGCUAAAUUAUACGAUGGUACGCUUAAGAAAUAUGAAGAUGCUUCUCUUAAAGUUGCAACAUCACUCGCUUAUCUCAACAGUGGACAGAAUUUCAUUUUCUCAACUGCUCUUACUGCUAUGAUGGUGCUUACUGCCCAGAAUGUACUUGCUGGCACAAUGACCAUCGGUGACUUGGUCCUCGUCAACCAGCUUCUCUUCCAAUUGAGUGUUCCACUCAAUUUCUUGGGUACUGUAUAUCGCGAGUUGAGACAAAGCUUGACAGACAUGGAAACCUUGUUCAAUUUGCAAUCUGUCAAUGUUAAUGUCAAAUCAAAAGAGAAAGCACCACCAAUCGACUUUAAAGGCGGUAACAUCAGAUUCGAAAACGUUCAAUUUGGUUACCAUCCAAUUCGCCCAAUCUUCAAAGAUGUUUCAUUCAAUAUACCAGCUGGUAAGAAAGUAGCUAUUGUUGGACCAUCAGGUGGUGGUAAAUCGACAGUGUUCAGACUGUUAUUCAGAUUCUAUGAACCUACAUCUGGUAGAAUUACGAUAGAUGGACAGCCAAUCGAUCAAGUCGAUUUGGAAAGCCUUCGAAAGAUUAUUGGUGUCGUUCCACAAGAUACUCCGUUAUUCCACUCUGAUGUUAUGCACAAUGUCCGCUAUGGUAGAUUAGACGCGACAGAUGAGGAAGUGAAAGAGGCAGCUAGGAAAGCACAGAUGAUAAAGCUCAUAGAAAGUUUACCUGAAGGAUGGAGUACUAGUGUUGGUGAGAGAGGAUUGAUGAUUAGUGGAGGUGAGAAACAAAGAUUGGCGAUAGCGAGGGUAUUUUUGAAGGACGCGCCGAUCCUUUUCUUUGAUGAGGCAACAUCAUCCUUAGAUACAGAGACUGAGAGGGAGUUGUUGAAUAACAUCCAAGAAGCGCUUGCUGAUAGCCCUCGCACGAGUGUCUUUGUGGCUCAUAGACUGAGAACGGUCUCAGAUUCAGACCACAUUAUCGUCUUACGGGAUGGAUAUGUCGACGAAGAAGGAAAUCACGACUUCUUGAUGAGAAAGGGAGGAACAUACUUCAAAAUGUGGCAACAGCAACAGUUAGAGCAAACAAAUUGAUUAGAAUAUACAGUUUAUUCGUCGUCCUCAGCCUCUGCAGGUUUAGUGUUGAUGAAUGUACCUCUCUGGGUGGUCAAUUCAUUCUUUCUAGCGCCUGCGAAAUUCCACCUCUCGUCUGUGUAUUGUGCUAUAGCGAAGAUACCGGCAGGGAUGACCAAACCGAAAGCGAGGAUCUUGUUAGCGAUUGGUCUGGUCAUUUUAAAGUGGUGAUAAGUGUGCUCCCUCAUAUAAUUCCAUCUUUCGACUGCAGGGUCAAGCUUUACUGUGUGGAAAUCUCCGUGUCCUCCCAUUUUUU